GUAAAUGAUUGACUCUCUAUAAACACAGAGUGUGUACGAAUAAAGAACAAAAAAGUGAAACGACCUUAACACAUUGGGAGUGUGUACCAAUGUUUUUUGAAAUAUUUGGCUAUUUAUUGUUUUACACUUGAUCAGUCAACACGCGGAUAUCGCAGUGAAACAUUUAAAAAAUUGUGUUGUUUUAUUUAUUUAUCAAGUGUUAAAUUUUAAAUUUUUACGAGGCAGCUACAAUAUUAAAUUGUACUUGGCAUAUGAAAUAUGGAUGAUGGUAAUCACGAUGAGCUCAAGAAUAAGGGGAAACAUCCACAACUAAGCUCUAACUUUGUAUCGAAUAUAUUUUUUUGUUGGGGUUUAAAAUUAUUUUAUAAAGGAUGGAAUAAACAAUUGAAUGAGGACGAUUUGUAUAAGCCCUUCGAAGAACACGAAUCUCAGUUUUUAGGAGAUCAACUUGAGUCAUUAUGGAAAGCAGAAAAAUUAGAAUACGCACAUCCUUGCCUCUUACGUCCGUUAUGGAAGUUAUUCAGAAAAGAUAUUGUUAUCCACGCCUUUUGGGCAUUCGUUUUAGAAUUUAUAUUAAAAUUAUCCCAACCAGUUUUGUUGGGAAAACUCAUAGAAUACUACGAUCCAGAACAAACGUCCAUCUCUCUAUUAGAAGCUUAUCUAUAUUCAUUAUUUAUAGUACUGUCGUCAUUUCUAUAUGUAUUGGUUUGUCACUGGUAUCAAUUAUGCCUUCAACACCUUGGAAUGAAAAUAAGAAUAGCCUGUUGUUCUCUGAUUUACAGAAAAAGUUUGAAAUUGAGCAAAAAAGCUUUAGUAAAAACCACCAUCGGCCAAAUGAUUAACCUAUUAUCUAAUGACGUGAACCGUUUUGAUAAUAUUUUUAGGAAUUUUCAUUUUAUAUGGGUAGGACCGUUGGAAAGUUUAAUCAUCAUGUACCUAAUUUACGAAGUAUCGGGUUUCACGGGAUUAUCAGGAUUUAUCAUCCUAUUACUUUUUAUUCCAUUUCAAAUGUUUAUGGGAAAAUUAACAUCAGAAUUCCGACAGAAAACAGCGAUAAAGACAGACCAGAGAGUGCUUUUAAUGAGUGAGAUUAUUUGUGGAAUUCAAGUUAUUAAAAUGUAUACAUGGGAAAAGGCUUUUUCUCGUCUUGUAGAAAAAGUAAGAAGCUCAGAAAUUAACCAAAUUCGGUUAAAUUCGUACAUUCGCGCACUCCAUAUGUCGUUCAAUAAAUUCAUCACCAGAGCAUCACUAUUUCUAUGUAUUAUAGUAUAUACAUUUACGGGGAAUAAACUCAACGCUGGUUAUGUCUACGUAAUUUCCUCAUUUUACAAUAUUUUAAAAUCGGCUAUAAGUAACGAUUUUCCUCAAGCCAUAUCUCAAACAGCCGAAGCUUUAGUCUCCGUAACUAGAAUAGAAGAAUUUCUUCUGUUCGAUGAGGUUUACCACGAUUCCACGAAGGAUUCUUAUAAAAUUAAAAGAAUUAAUACUGGUACACCACUAAUCCACAGUUCCGGUAAAAAGAAAUCUAUAGGCGUAUACUUAGAGAAUGUUUCAGCUAAAUGGAUAGAUACUCAAGAAGAGAAUACUUUACACACAAUUAAUUUUAAUGUAGGUCCCCAACAGUUAGUAGCAAUUGUAGGCGCAGUUGGUUCUGGAAAAACGUCUCUAUUACAAACGAUCAUGCAGGAACUUCCUUUGAGUCAAGGAAAUAAAGAUGUUGUAGGAAAAAUAUCUUACGCUUCUCAGGAACCUUGGCUCUUUGCUGGUACUAUCAAACAAAAUAUUUUAUUCGGUGAAGUUUGGGAUACCAAAAGAUAUGAAAGAGUGAUUAAAGUGUGCGCUUUAGAAAGAGACCUUUCAAUCUUAUCUUUCGGUGAUAAAAGUCUAGUGGGAGAUCGAGGAGUUAGUUUGAGUGGUGGACAAAGAGCAAGAAUCAAUUUAGCAAGAGCCAUUUAUAAAGAAGCAGAUAUUUAUAUAUUAGAUGACCCACUAUCUGCUGUCGAUACGCACGUUGGUAAACAACUUUUCGAAGAUUGUAUUAGCGGCUUUUUGAGAGGUAAAUGUACAGUACUCGUAACUCAUCAACUCCAGUAUUUAAAAAACGUUAACAGAAUUUUUCUGAUGGAACGCGGUACAAUUGGAAUCAGUGGAACCUACAAAGAAAUAUGCGAAUCUACAUGUGAAUUCGCGAAAUUGCUGAAGCACCAUGUUGAAGAAGAAGACUGUGAUGAUACUAUUGACGAAGAAACCUCAGAUUCAAAAUAUUUCGAUAGUGUCUCCGAAGAUGAACCCUUAGCAACCAAAGAGGAACCAAACGUUGGACGUAUUUCAACUAAAACAUAUUCUGGAUAUUUAAAAUAUGCAGGUGGCUGGUGUUAUGGAUUUUAUGUUCUUAUAUUAUUCAUAUUGACACAGUUUACCGCAAGUGGAUCUGAUUACUUUGUUAAAGAAUGGGUUAACAUAGAACAAGAAAAAUAUCAAAAUGAAGAGGGAGAACGAUUGAUGCUUCAAGCCUAUUUAGAUGAUGUGCAAAUGGAAGAAAACUAUACAAAACUUUUUGAUUUCAAGAUCCCGACAGAAUCAGCAGAAUCGAAAUUCCUAACAACAAAUCAUUGCAUUUACAUUUACAGUGUCAUUAUCGUCUCUGUAAUAGUAGUUACAAUACUAAGAUCUAUUACUUUCUAUAAAAUGUGUAUUAAAGCAUCUAUUAGACUUCACAAUAUCACUUUUACUAAAGUUUGUAAUGGAACGAUGUUCUUUUUUAACACAAAUCAAUCUGGUCGCAUUUUAAAUCGAUUUGCAAAAGAUAUGGGAUGUAUAGAUGAAAUGUUACCAAAUUAUCUAGUGGAUACUAUUCAGAUUGCUUUAAACGUACUAGCUGUUAACAUUGUGAUAGCAACAGUUAAUCCUUGGAUAUUACUUCCAACACUGGUGAUCGGCGUUAUAUUUUAUUUAUUUAAAAUUGUGUACGUUUCUUCAAGUAGGAACCUCAAAAGGAUGGAGGCAACAACAAGAAGUCCUGUUUUUUCGCAUAUCCAGGCAUCUCUACAAGGACUAACGACAGUAAGAGCAUUUGAAGCUCAGUCAAUUUUAAGGCAAGAAUUUGAUAAACAUCAAGAUUUACAUAGUUCAGCAUACUACCUCUUUCUGUGUUCUAAUAGAACAUUUGGAUUCUGGUUAGAUCUGUUAUGUGUUUUGUAUAUUGGAUUGGUUACUUUCAGUUUCUUCGUUUUUGGAAAUGCUUAUGGAGGAAACGUUGGUCUAGCAAUAACACAGGCGAUAAGCUUAACCGGUAUGUUCCAAUGGGGUAUGCGUCAAUGGAGCGAACUAGAUAACUCAAUGACUUCUGUAGAAAGAGUUCUGGAAUAUACAGAAAUAAAACAAGAAAUUCACAACAAUCAAAAAGAACCACCCAAACGGUGGCCUGAACAUGGUGUGCUAGAAUUCCAGUCCGUUUACCUCAGAUACGCAACCAAUUUACCAUACGUUCUGAAUAACCUCACUUUCAAAAUAAAACCAAGAGAAAAAGUUGGAAUAGUUGGUCGAACGGGUGCAGGUAAAUCAACACUAAUAUCUGCCCUAUUUCGUCUGGCUGAUAUUGAAGGAAAAAUCUUAAUUGACGGUAUUUGCACAUCGGAUAUACCCUUAAAAAGCAUGAGAUCAAAAAUUGCUAUUAUACCUCAAGAACCGGUGCUGUUUUCCGGGACGCUACGAUCAAAUCUUGAUCCUCUGGAUGAAUACACUGAUUGGGAUUUAUGGAGAGCAUUAGAUGAAGUUGCGUUAAAAGAAGUCGUAUCUGAAAUGCAACUGGGUCUAGAAAGCAAAAUUAGCGAGGGAGGAUCAAAUUUCAGUCUUGGGCAACGUCAACUAGUGUGUUUGGCAAGAGCUCUCAUUCGACAGAACAAAAUUUUAGUAUUAGAUGAAGCUACUGCCAAUGUAGAUCCUAAAACGGAUGCUUUAAUUCAAUCAACAAUUAGAAAUAAAUUUGCCAGUUGUACUGUUCUUACAAUUGCUCAUAGGUUACAUACAGUAAUGGAUUCCGAUAAGGUAUUAGUAAUGGAUGAAGGUUCAGCGAUUGAAUUCAAUCAUCCGUACAUCCUUUUGCAGAACCAAGAAGGAAUUUUUUACAGUUUAGUUAAGCAAACGGGGAAGUCCAUGGCAGAGCAUCUAUGUAAAGUUGCUGAACAAAGUUACAAGAAUUUACAGAAAUAAAUACUAAGCAACUAAUUGUUCCUUUUUUUAAAUGUGAUAUCUACUUAUUUAUUUAUUCAUUUCAUUAUUGUUGUUUAUGUUUUAGAAAAAUAUUGAUCUAUUUUUAUAUAUUAAUUUG